UUAACGUCUUUACAUCGAUUAAAAAGAAAAAAGGACAAACGAUUACAUUUAUAUAUAUAUUUCUAUACAUUUGCUCCGAACUAAAUAUCACGUGGUAUUUAUAAAUAUCCCUCCGUGAACUCAAGGUGAAUAAACGGCUUCGAAUAAAAUGAAGAUUUUAACGAUCUGUUAUGAAAAAAACACAUACGUAAAAUGUGUUAGCUUUCCGACUAACUGACAAUCGCAACUUGAGAUCGCUUGAAUGCAUUUUAAAUAAAAUAGUUAUUUCAAAAUGGAAUCCCACAUGUUCAUGCAUACCAAUGCAUGUUAUGAAAUUCCUGAUAUACGAUAUCGAUUCCACUGAUGUAGAAUUAGAUAAAAGGAUACAUUAAUUGUCCCCAGUGACGUUAAAUUUAAUAACACUCCCUUGGAAGAAAAGAAAAAGCUAAAGAAACGAAGAAUUUAUAAUGAAGAUGAGCUAAUAAACAAACAGCUUCAGGAAGAGGAAUAUAAUAGAGAAGCUCACGAGCAAAGGUACAAGCGGCUAAUGCAUUUGUUGAACAAGAGCAAGUUUUUUUCAUCUUAUCUGAUAAAUAAAAUUGAAGAUAAUCAAAAUAAAAAAAACAAAAAGAGGCCCAGGGAACCUGUCAACGAUGAAAAUAUAUCACCAAAUAAGAAAAAAAAACAACAAAACAGAGGUGACAUUGAAAAAUACGAUAUAAAAGAAUACAUAUCUACAGAAAUAACGAAACAAGUGCAAGCCACGAAGGAUAAGAAAAAUCUGAGUGUGGAUGAGAUCGAGGCUGAAUUAACCGCGGACUUGGACACUGAGGAAGAUCCAACAGAGGAAGCAAUUGCUGAAAACAAUAACACUGUUGUACCAAAAUACUUUCGCGGCGAGCUGUACGAUUAUCAAAAAGCGGGCUUAGAAUGGUUAAAGAUACUUUAUGAAAACGCCCUGAGCGGAAUCCUGGCGGACGAAAUGGGACUCGGAAAAACGGUACAAGUAAUAGCAUUGAUAUGUUAUCUUGUAGAGAAGAAACAAACGGGACCUUAUUUGAUAAUCGCUCCUCUCUCCACCAUACCGAAUUGGCUCGGAGAAUUUAAAAGAUUCGCUCCCGAUAUACCGGUCAUUUUGUUCUAUGGCACGCCAAAAGAAAAAGAAAUUAUACGCAAAAGAAUUCAACGGACAUACCUUGUCGAAAAUAAUAGGGUGCAGCCUGUUGUACUCACUACAUAUGAAAUACCACUACGUGAAGUUAAAUUCCUUCAGAUGCAAAACUGGAGAUACAUUGUAAUAGACGAAGGACAGAGAAUAAAAAAUUAUAACUGUAAAUUAGUCAAGGCACUGAAAACUCUACGAUCCAUGAAUAGGCUAAUACUAACUGGAACACCACUUCAGAAUAAUUUAUCUGAAUUAUGGUCUCUUUUGAAUUUCUUAAUGCCAGAACUCUUUGAUAAUUUGGAUACGUUUGAAUCAUGGUUUGAUGUUAAAGAACUUCAGCAUGAGGAUGCCACUGAAAAAGUUCUGAAGCAGGAAAAAGAGAAACAUGUGUUAUCGUCCUUACGCGAAAUAUUAAAGCCAUUUAUGUUAAGACGGAUAAAAGCUGAUGUUUGUCUAGAAAUUCCUCCUAAGAAAGAAUUAGUUGUUUAUGCGCCACUCACAGAAUUGCAACAUGAUUUAUAUAAGGCCGUAUUAAAUUAUGACUUAGAAAUGCUAAGCAAAAUCGAAAAACCAGAUCCGAUUAUAGAUGUGUAUGGUGAGAGACCAAAAAGACAGUGCGUUUUAAGGAAGUAUGGAGAGAUUUAUGGAUCUUCUAAAAACGUGUCCCAGGAAACAGCAUCGAAUACUUUAUUACAAGAAAUUGAAAACUUACAAUUAGCAAAAUGGAAACAAUAUACUGAUGUUACAGAACGUAAUAGAGAUUUCCUUGUCUGCAUUCAGACUCAUAAUAGAAUUCCAAUGUAUAAAAGGAUCGUGAAUCACCCAUAUUUGGUUCAUUGUCCAUUGGAUCGAACCGGGUUACCGAAAAUUGACAAUGAUUUAAUCAAAAGUUCUGGAAAACUUUUAGUAUUAGAUGCUAUGCUGACGAAACUUAAAUCACGAGGUCAUAAAAUUUUGUUAUUUUCAACAUUGACUAUGAUCUUAGACAUGCUUGAGGAUUAUCUUUCACUACGAGAUUAUAAUUAUGUCAGAUUAGAUGGGUUAACUAAGAUGGAAGAAAGAGAAAAACGUAUCAAUGCCUUUAAUAAUGAUUCUGAUAUAUUUCUGUUCCUUAUAUCAACAAGGGCUGGUGGAGUUGGAUUAAAUUUAAUUGGUGCAGACACUGUUAUUAUAUAUGACAGUGAUUGGAAUCCACAAGCGGACAUACAAGCCAUGGCUCGAUGUCAUAGAAUAGGACAAACAAAACCUGUAGUCAUUUACAGACUGUGUACCAGAGGAACGAUUGACGAAGCGAUUAUUAAGCGAGCUGAAGCUAAACGUAUUUUAGAAAAAAUGGUUAUUUCUGAAGUAUUUGGUAAAGAUAGUUUAUUCGAUUUGAAGAAACUAAUGGAAUCCAAAGAAUACAAAGUUGUCACAUCUGAAAAGGAAGUUUUUACAGAGAUGGAGUUGAACAAACUGUUGGAUAGAAGUGAUAUGAUUAUCAAUCAUGACAGAUAAUUUUCAAGGA